GCACUAACAGUUUUACUACACAGACAUUCAACAAGCGACAAGGACUAUCACAUACCACUGGACUAGACUGGAUUACAAAACGCCUUCGUAACUUAACAACAGAACCAAUCUGAUGCCAUUUAUUCUACUUUGUCACACGUUAUAGCCGUAAAGUUAGUUGGGACGGACGAUUACAAACGCACAUCGUUUCCGAUGUAACAAAGUCAAGUUUUAAAGUAACACCGCUUCAUUACCAUCAGAUUUUUUUGGCGUUUUGUGUCACGCAUUAUUUUGCCAAUCAUAUGUGACAUUUUAAGACGCGUACAGUAUUGCUGGUACCAUGGCUGAAGCAGCCCAAAACCAGAUGGUCGAGAUUGACCCGGACUUCGAGCCACUCUCCCGGCCGCGCUCCUGCACUUGGCCGCUGCCGCGACCGGAGUUCCCGAAUCCCGGCGCCGCCGACUCCAACACAUCCUCCCCGGCUCCGUCCGUCAAGCAGGAGCCCUCCGGCAACGCGGACUUCAUCAAUAACCUUAGUCUGCUGGAGGAGAAUGAGGACUAUCCGGAUCAGAAACCUCUAAUCCUGUGCUCUGAUUUCCAGUGCCAGGACAACUGCAUCCACCAACAGCAGCAGCAGCACCAGCAGCAAAUCCCAAAUCAGCAGCAACAGGUGCCCGUGCUCUCCUCCCCGGUGGCCGCCGCUGCCGCAGCCGCCGCCGCUCAGCGCAAAAGCAGCUCGUCCCGACGCAACGCCUGGGGAAAUAUGUCAUACGCGGACCUGAUCACCAAAGCCAUCGAGAGCUCCCCCGAAAAACGCCUCACGUUGUCUCAGAUCUAUGAUUGGAUGGUGAAGAGCGUCCCUUAUUUUAAAGACAAGGGGGACAGUAACAGCUCUGCUGGCUGGAAGAACUCAAUCAGACACAACCUGUCCCUGCACAGUAGAUUCAUCCGGGUGCAGAAUGAAGGUACGGGUAAAAGCUCAUGGUGGAUGCUUAACCCUGAAGGUGGCAAGAGCGGCAAGUCUCCUCGACGCAGAGCUGCCUCCAUGGACAACAACAGCAAGUUUGCCAAGAGCAGAGGACGUGCGGCUAAGAAAAAGCUGACUCUUCAGGGUGGGCCCGAGGGUGGUGCAGACAGUCCUGGCUCCCAGUAUGGCAAGUGGCCUGGCAGCCCCAACUCUCAAAGCAAUGAUGACUUUGACGCCUGGACGACUAUCCGUCCCCGCACCAGCUCCAAUGCCAGCACACUGAGCGGGCGUCUUUCACCCUUUAUUGAUGAUGAAAUUGGUGACUCCGACCUUCACAUGGUAUACCCGGGCCCUGGGUCUGGGGCCAAAAUGACCUCCACCCUUCCCAGCCUGUCCGAGAUGGCUGGCUCCCUUGGUCACAGGGGUUCUGAGAAUGUGAUGGAGAACCUCCUGGAUAACCUUAACUUGCUCUCACCCAAGAACCCAUCGGUAGGGUCAGCCGGAGGGCCUGGAUCUGGAUCCAACCAAUCGUCACCCUCCUCGCUAAUGCAGGCAAGUCCUGUUUACUCUCCCUAUGGCUCGCCUGCUCUGGCUGGGGUCAACCAACAGAAUCAACAAGACUAUCGUAAGUGUCUGUAUGGCCAGACAGGAAUAGGCAGCAUUUCCUCCAUGCAAAUGCAGCCUCUGCCAGAAAGCAAGCCCAGUUUUGGUCCCAGGCCAGGAUCCAUGGGCCAGUUUAACUGCACAGCAGGACUGCUGAAAGAGCUUUUGACAUCUGAAGGGGAGCCUGGAGAGCUCAUGCCCUCAGUGGACACUGUUGUCUCCCAGACAAGUGGACGUAUGCUUCCUCCAUAUAGCAGUGCUCAGAAUGAUCUUGUGGGGGGCAGCCACGCCCUCUCUCACCCACACAGUAUGCAUGGACAAGCUCCGCCCAUGUCUGUGGCGAUGAACGGGCGAACACUGCAUCAUUUGACCACCAUUGGCCACAGUGGUGUUGCUGGGCGAUUGGGAAGCAUUAAAUCAGCUAUGCAGAUGCAGUAUGGUAGCCAUCUUGCUGGUGGGGGAGGCCUUCCACCUUACUGCAGCCUAAACACCAACGGAUACGGACGCAGUCCAGGGCUGAUGCCCCACCACCACCAGCAGCAACAUCUGGAGAAGCUGCCAAGUGAUCUGGACGGCAUGCCUGUGGAGCGUUUUGAAUGCGAUGUGGAAUCCAUUUUACACGACACCCUCAUGGACGGAGAAUCACUGGACUUCAACUUUGACCCCAUGGCCACCCAGCAGGGGUUCCAGCCGCACAGUGUAAAGACCACCACGCACAGCUGGGUGUCUGGGUAAAAACUCUUGAUCGGCAACCCUGAGCCGCUCUCCACACCCAUCAAACUCCUCUUCAAGGACACAGACACCAUUAUUCCUUCUCUUUCUUCAGCAGAUGAGGUCAUGAUACGACUUCACACUGCCAAGCACAUUGGCUCAACUCUGAGCUGAUUUACAAGGACGCUUUUCUCAGACAUUUGGACUCAAGUUCUUACCAAGUGCCAAACCAGGUGCCUGUGCUCCAUAGCCAAAUUGACAAGCUUUAUUUUGCUGCCUUUUUUCUCGCUAAAGAGAAUCAGUGGUCCUAUCAGGGCAACGAAAACCUGGUGCCCUUACAGCUGCUGCAAAACACACACGUAUAUAUCAAUGUUCACACAAAUUUUCAGAGAUCAUUUUUACAACCACAUACUCCAUCAAAGGCAAACUGUGAUACGUUAAAACCACCAAAUCCCAACACCAGGCAUCCAUCAGCACGAUACACCUCCGAACAGUGAUACGCAUUGUAAUAGCACCCUUUCACUGUUGUGUUGUAACUUCAAUUCUGAGGGGUGUAAUGCAUUCAUGCCGAGCUUUAUGAAGACUGGAACAGAUGUGCAAGUGCAGGGGAAUGACUGUAGAUUUAUUUAGAAGAGGUCCUGGAGAAAGAGGACCCCAGAAGUGUUUGCUGAUUAUUUGAACUACGCCGCACACCACGCAUCACACUUGCAUUUUUGUCCUGUCAGCGUAUUUGACGUAGAGCAGUCGUAUUACAUUUUGUUACUAUGAGCUAGUGUACAGAGAGUUUAAACAACCAUAUCAACAAUCGGGGCAACAGAUUUACUGUUGUUUUGUAAAUUUGAAAGAAACUGGAUCCGACAUCUUAAUUUUUUGCGAACCUACAUGGAAGGGUGUUCCUCAUCUGAACUGUAUACAGUACAUCUUUCUACAUCUCUUGUAAAUACAUGAAUUAUUUCAAAAACAUUUGUUUAUUUGUUUGUUGUUUACUCUUAACGCCAUUCCAGCAUUUAUGGCUAUAUUUAUGGCGAGAACCGGUUAAUCCAUACAGCAGUUAAUGCACACAAGUUGAUCCAUACACACAUUGGGGGAGAGGCAAUUUGGCAUCUCCAAUUAACCUAACCUGCAUGUUUUUGGCCUGUAAGAGAAAACUGGGUAGCACUUUAUUUUACAGUACGCGUACUUACCUUGCACAUAUAUGGUAAAUAUAUUGUACUUACAGACAAAUGUGUGGUACUUACUUUUGAGUAUCUACAUAGUAAUUCAAUGGUAUCAUUACUGUACUUACAUACUUGGUACAUACUUGGUAUGUAUUAUGUAACUUUAGGUAAGUUUUGGGAAAUACCAGAUACGUACUUAUAGUGUAGGUAUUCUGUAACUAAAGAAACACUACACAAUAUAAUACUAUACAAUAUAGUAUUUAGCUCUUACAGCCAAGUGUGGGUUAAUGGCAGGUACUUAUACUGUACAUCUUUGAUAACUAAUAACAAACACUAAUGUACUUAUAAAUUGUUAUACACGGUAAGUGUGUGGUACAAUGCUGUCAAGUGCGAGUUAACGAAAGGCGUUUACAGUGUACGUAUAUGAUAACUAAUAACUAAUAUCUGUCCUUUAUUGUACCCUUUAAACCCAAGCAUUGAAUAUCGUACGCAUUAACCACUGGGUACAUUCACUAGUACAUCCACAGUAACUGGAUGGAAAAACAGUACUUUUAAAUAAAGUGCUGCGUUUUACACAGUUAUUACAUAGGACCUACCACCUAAGAUAUAGCAUAGUAUACCUAUGCCACUGUGAGUUAUAUUAACUAGUAAGACCAUAAAAUAAGAUGUAUUGUUGUUAUCAUUAACUCAAUGUUUGUUAUUAGUUAUCAUAUACGUACACUAUAAGUACCUGUCAUUAACUUACAAUGUAAGUACUACACACUUACCAUGUAUAUACACUUUAAGUACAGUAGUGUUUCUCAGUACAGUAUAUGUACACCACAUGUGCUGGUCAUUAAUUUACACCUGCAUGUAUGUACUACACAAUUACCAUGUAAUUUGUAAGUACAGUAGUGUUUGUUAUAAGUUAUCAAAGAUGUACACUAUAAGUACCUGCCAUUAACCCACACUUGCCUGUAAGUACUAAAUACUUAUUUUGUACAUUAAUUUGUAAGUACAGUAGUGUUUCUUGUUAGUUACAGUAUACCUACACUAUAAGUAUGUAUCUGGUAUUACCCAGUACUUAUCUAGAGUUACAUGGUAAGUACAGUAAUAAUACCAUUUAAUUACCAUGUAGAUACUCAAAAGUAAGUACCACACAUUUGUCUGUAAGUACAACAUAUUUACCAUAUAUGUACAUGGUAAGUACAUGUACUGUAAAAUAAAGUGCUACCCACACGGACAAAGGGAGAACAUGCAAACUCCAAACAGAAAGGCCACCUGACCUAGCCAAGGCUCAAACCGACCUUCUUGCUGUGAGGAGACUCACUCAGCUACUGUGCAUUUAGCAAGUAGAAAUAUGGAGGUUUUUCCUUUUUGUAUUAAUAUUAUUCUUAUUGCUGUAUAUUAUUGCCUUCAGUUUGAGAUUUUCGAGAUUAAGCUGUGUAUAGUGCAUUUCAACAAUGUUUGGGCUCCUCAAAGGACGAAUCCACAUUUCCUUAAACCAUUGUGUUUCUAUCUUUGGCCUAUCUUUGUUGUGGUCCCUUAACUAGUCAAAGGUAAGAAACAGCCUCGAAAUUGUGGAAAAGAUUUGCUCUUAAGUCUUUAUCACCGGGCCCUACAUGCCAUCAAAAACCGUUUUUCUGUGUCUACUGUGGUAUACUGUAGAACUACAGCAUUAGGAGAUUCUCCUAUGCCUUCGCUACAGCAUUGAAUCUGUUGCUGUAUUGCUAAAGUCCUCUACCUUUUAAGAAAGCGUAGAGAGUUAUUGACUUGUUAUUUAUUAGGCUGAAGGAGAAGCGAUGUGAUUGAUUCAUGUCACAAUGUAUCAUUUACAUUUUAUCAUAUUUCUGUUUUAUUUAUCUUCUCUCAAAGUGGAGGCACUGUGACGUACAUGUACUAUAAGUUUGUAGUGAUUUUUCAAGUUUGUGCUGGCUCCGAAAAAGUACAAAAAUAAUCCACCAGCAUAACCAUUUUUCUUUCUUGACCUUUGCUUUUUAUUUCUAUGUGGCUCUCACUCAGAUUUGAACAGAUUUGGUUGUUUUGCACAUACAGUAUAUGCACUAGACAUUAAAAAGUUUUAAACUUUUAAAUAGUGAACCAGGGUAUUGAAAGCUCAAAUAAUUCAAGACUUGAAACUCUUAAAAUUACUUCCUAAGUUGUGCUGUAAAACGUUGAAAACGAUGCAGAUGUGAAGUGCUGACUAUUGGCCAAUUUGUUCAAGCUUAAAUAGUAAACGCUAUUACAGGUUUAUUUUUGGGACACUAAUGCCAUGAAAUGACCAGGCCAAAGUCUCUUCCUUAUAAUUUUUCUCCUAACCAACUGCGACAGGACAUUUUGUCAGCUGCUUUGUUUUAGUUCGCUUCACCCGCAGCAAAAUCUUAUUGGUUUCAAAAGUCUAUAUACAGCAACACAACUGUAUAUUCAAAAUGACUUCCUGCUUCACACCUGCAUUUUAGAAAAAUGCCAGAUAUAUGUUAAAUUCACCAACAGCAUUGGACUGAUCGCUUGACCCACACUGCCUCUCACAACAUGGAAAAACACCACAUAUCCUUUACUAAAACAACUUUUAUGUCCACCAUCAUGAACAUCCACAACGGAGAAAAUCUGACGUGCAUUUGGUUUAUGAAUUUACCAGAUCCCAUCUAUGCACAUCCCUGUACUUUAUCAUUAAUAUUACUGCCAUCUCCAGUUUAUUUUUACUAAGAUGUUUGAUAUUACAUGUUUUAUUGAGCCGUGGAGUCAUGUUAAUGUCACAGUUGUUAGUUCAUGAAGUAUAUUUAGAGAGUAGAGGAAUAUUUACAUGCAAGCAUUUUGUACACACACUGUUAUUCUUGUAUUUAGCGGCAGUUUUUAAAAAAACACGUAAAUCGCAAAAGGAAAAAAUUAAUUAAAGCAAAUUUAGAAGAAAUUUUUGUUUUCUUCAGAUUGUGAAGUUUGGACCAAUUUUUAUUAAAAAAAAACUAUAAAUUAAAAUAUUGCACUUUGUCUAUAGAUAUGUAAUGAGUUCUCCUAGAGAGAAACGUGAAGAUAAUCUAUUUUGAAACAAACUGUUACAUUUCUUAACUUAUGUACAGAAAUAAUCUGAUUUACAAUUAAAAAGAUGAUAUAAGUAAAGGUGCAAUUUGUUUAAGUAGUUGAUAAAGUAAUAAUCUAUAAAAGAAAUGAUAUUGAAGACAUUGUUAACAUAUGCCAAUACUGACAUAUAUAUAUAAAUGUGUAUUAUAUCUACAUUCUUUGAGUUUGUCAACAGUAAGCUGUUUGUGAAAUGUGAGGCCAGAGCUCUGGCUUUGCUGUUGAUGACUAUGUUGUGCUUGUAUUUCCAUACAAGAAACAUGCUAUUGCUGUAAAAAGCCAUGUGUAUAUAAAUUAUGUUAUAUAAAGAAGAAUCAAAUGUGA